AUGAAUGAAUUAAUAACAACAAUCGUACCAAUAACAAACGAAGCGACUAAAAUAAAAAAUUCGUCAAUAUCAAUGGAUGAAACAAUUCAAAAACGUCUUGAAAAAAUUCCAAUUUAUUUAAGAAAAGAAAAUAAUACAUUUCAAUCCAUCAUCGAUCAAGCGCUACAUCUAAUGUCGGUUUCAAUAUGGAAAGAUGAUAUACAAGACGAUUUAAUACAGAUAAGUAUUCUUAUUUACAAAAUCAAUCUACUAUCAAUAUAUCAUUCAUUAUGGACAACCUAUUGGAAAUCUGGUCUUGGUCAAUUGAUUGAACAAACAUCUGAACAAAGAAAUUAUGUCGUCUAUUCAAUGAAUAUUCCUAUUUGGCCUAAAGAAAUUAAACGAAUAAUAACAUCAAUGAAAGAAAAAAAUGCCAAUAUUCAUACAAGUCCAAUGGACUUGGUUUGUUAUCAUCGACAAGAACUAGAAAAACAAUUAAGACAGACACAAAUUGAAUGGAAUGAAAAAGUCAAUCAUUUGUCUGGUUAUAAUUUAAAAGUUGAACAAUUAUUAGAAAAUUAUAUAAAGGAGCAUUUACAUGAACUUCGACAAGAAAUAGAACAUAAAAAAAAACUUGUUACUUAUGAUUAUCAUACAGAAGCCAUUAAACAAGAAUUUCUUCGUCUAAAUCCAACUGAAUAUCAUAAAAAACUUAUGAAACAAUCAUGUUUAAAAAAAAAUGAAGAGAAAACAACUGAACGAGAAUUACAAUUCUUAGAAGAACGUAUGAAUCAUUCUAAUAUAUCGGAACUAUCUUUAGAACCUUCAACUAUCACUCCAUCAAGUAUCAUCAAUUUUAUCGAAAAUAUUGAAAUACGCCAACAAUUAUACAAACAAUAUAGGCAUAUUAUCGAACAAGCUAAAGCUGAUUUUUGUACAUUAAGUUUAAAAACAGCUCAAGAACAACAUCAUAGAGCAAAAUUAAACUAUGAUAAUCAAGUUGCUAAAAUGUUUAACCUUCAUCAUAAUUCAAAUAAUAUGACAACAUUACCAUUAAAAAUGAUCGAUUUAAUUAUUGAACGUUGUCGAAUCAUAGGUGAACGCAUUCAAUUUGUUUAUCAAUAUAAGAUUGAAUGUUUUCACUCGAAAUCAAAGAUAAAAGACGAUCUUGACAUUCAAUAG